AUGUCCGAUAUUUUCAAAAACAUUCAAGAAAUAAUUUCCGCUCACAAUGAAUUUAACAAUUGUAUCGAUUUCAUAAAGGUUCCCUGUAAGCCGUUGCUUAAUUUGCCCGGCCUCUCAUUUUUAUCGACAAAGGCCUUUGACGAACUCAAACACUCAAAUAGAUCAGACGAGUUGCUACCCGAGGACGAAAUUGAAUUACACCUGUUCUACGCAAAACACCUUUAUAAGGCAGGGUUAUGUAAAAUUGAGUUCCCUCGCUACUAUAAAUCUGCAAGGUCUCUUUUCACAGAGUCUACUGCCACGACGGUGGGAAGUUUGGCGCCAUUUUACUUCGAACUCGGAUAUGAACUCUGUGAACUGAUCCCCGAAAAUGAAUGGCCAGUUGAGAAUCUGUUGUCAAUGUUGAAAGAAGCAGAAUGCAAUCGGCGAAACUUUUUAAUAAAACGAUCAAGCACAGUUGAUGACUCGUUUCUCGUCGGAAUCACUCACGAGGAAAAGAAACGUAAGUGCCAAAAUUUAACAUUUUCAGUCCUAAACGUUCUGACGACUGUUAAUAUAAACCUACUAUGCCUCAGUUUAAACUCACAAAAUUUAUCGGAUUUUUAUGAACUCGACAAAUAA